AUUUGUGUCAUUGCACUAUUUAAAUGCCAUCCCGGGGCUGUUUCUGUUGGUUUUAAUCAUCGCUGACUAACGAAGAGCUGCCCCCGGCCGCAGCAGCCACAGCACCAUGAUGGACCUUUUUGAGACCAACGCUUAUUUUUUCAACGACCUGAGGUACCUGGAUGGGGAUUCUGGGCCUUUACAACACCUGGAAAUGGCAGACGUGUCUCCCUUGUAUCAAGGCAGCGACAGCACCAUGUCCCCCGGGGGGCAGGAGCAGAUCCCCUCCGAGACGGGCUGUGACAGCAGCGAGGAGGAGCACGUAUUGGCACCCCCGGGGCUGCAGCCCCACUGCGCCGGCCAAUGCCUCAUCUGGGCUUGCAAGACUUGUAAAAGGAAGUCGGCCACCGAUCGACGGAAAGCCGCCACCCUCCGAGAAAGGAGGCGGCUCAAGAAAAUCAAUGAAGCGUUCGAGGCUUUAAAGAAGAAGACCGUGGCAAACCCAAGCCAAAGGUUACCAAAGGUGGAGAUUUUACGCAGCGCCAUUAGUUACAUUGAGAAACUGCAGGACCUUUUACACACUCUGGAUCAACAAGAUAAAACGCAUGACAAUGUGGACCCGUAUAACUACAACCUGAAAGAACAGCACAUUAACAAGGUGUCCAGUACGGAACUGUACGGAAGAGGCAGCUGUCACUCAAGCUGGCAGGACAUUCCUGACCAUUCCAGCGUAUCUGCCGCAAUCCGGACUGAAGGACCGGGUGUUGAGUCUUCAUCUUCAACCAGUCUCCGUUGCCUUUCCUCCAUAGUGGACAGUAUUUCAAGCGAAGAGCCCAAAAUUAAUUACAGCGACGAGGCCAUUGACAAAUAAGUACCGGGUUUCACUUCCCCCUCGCAUUUCCAGACUGACUUCGUAAUUCCGACGUCUAAGCUGCACCAUUAGGUGACCGAACUGUGUCACAGCCUUUGUUAUUGUCCCGUGGGCACGUUAAACGUCCAUUCCCGGAGUGUUUUAAGAAUUAAAACAAAGGAAGAGCCCUAAGCUGACAGUCUGUGCAGAAAGCUGGCCAGUUUCUUUUGUAAAUAGAAGUCAUUUCUUAAUAUUUUGUAAAAAAAAAUUAUAAUUAAUAACAUUAAGUUUUUUGUUUUUU